ACACACACACACACACUCACUUCCAGCCCUUGCUUGCCUCAUCAGCAGCAGAGCUGGCCGGCUCAGUGCUGCAAUUCUCUCUGUCUCUCACCCUCCCUCCCCUCUAUGCAUCUCUCCUUCUCCUAACCCAAACCUCCAACUGCAUCGGGAGCCUGCAGAGCGGCGAGCAGGAUGGCGGCCAGCGCUUGCAGCCAGCAUGUUUAGUGCCACGCCACGACUUCCAUUGCAGCCUGAGAAAAAAGGUUGAGACCAGUACCUUCCAACCGCAACCAAUAAAGCACAAAGGUAAAAAAAAAACUGCAGGAGGGAGACGACGGGAGAAAAGGAGAGAUGACAGAGCAACACUAGAAAGGAUGAGGUGAGUGAUCUGAAAUGGGACGAUAAGGAGAAAUGUAUGACCCACAUACACAGGAGCAUUUCAUUCGGAAUCAUAACGCAGUAAGAUACGAUGCAAUGUUGUGCUGGCUCAUGAGGAAAAUACUCCCUGCUCUGUCACUUUGCAGAUUUCUCCUCUCAGUAUUGCAUGGAGAGAUUUAAAGUAGUAAUAUUAUAGCAUUCAAACAAACACAGAGGAUUGUAGUGAUGGCACAGCAGAGCAUCAGCUGCCAUUAUCAACCAAAUAAUGCAGUGGCAUGAGGAUGUUUCUGGAACACAUUUGAAGGGUGUUACCACCUCCCACAGUCCUGUCUGUGAAAACACAGACUCACAUGGACCUUUUUGGAGCCGAACACCAUCUGCAGCUGUGGACACACAGUUACUGUGAUGCCCUGAAUGAACUGAGUCUCACUGCAGCACAGCCAGCUCCAGUCCCACUGGCAGAGCUACAAGCUGGAAUGCUGGAAUAGAGGAAUAUGAGUAUGGCAGGCUAUACACAAACUGAUCUACCAUAAUACACUUGGAAAAUCAAGUCCAUGACACACAAAACAGUGCAAGACCUUAACUUUCCAUCUAGUUUCUAUGGUUGUCUUUUUCUACCACAAUACAUGACGCCUGUCCUUCUAUCCUCCCUGACAAAUCUCUCUCCUCCUGCAGAGCUCUGAGCAUGCCCGUCAGCUCUGCCUCUCUGCUCUGCCUGCUCCUCCUGCUGCUGUGUGGGCUGCUCGGGGGCUGGGUGCUGUCUAUCUGCCCCACUGUGUGCUCCUGCAGCCGCGGACACCGUGUGGUGGACUGCUCCUCACGAGGCCUAACCAAGCUGCCGCCUGGUCUGCAGCACAACAUCCGCUUUCUCAACCUCUCUUUUAAUAGCUUGCAGGGUCUGGAAAACCAGCUGACCCACUAUGUCCACCUGCGAACCCUGGACUUGUCCUACAACCUGGAGACUCUGCCUCCUGCCUUGCCACGGUCGCUGUGGGACAUGCGAGUGGCAGGGAAUCAUUUACGCUUGCUGGACAAAAAUGACACGGCUUAUCACUGGAACCUGAAAGUACUGGACCUGUCGGACAACGAGCUGGAGAGAGUGGUCUUCAUCAACAACACGCUUCCAAGUCUCCAAGCUCUCAACCUCAGUCACAACAGGUUUUGGACUGUGCCCACAAAUAUGCCGCACAACUUGGAGAGCAUUGAUUUGUCACAUAACUAUCUGAUGCAGAUCCUGCCUGGAUCGUUGGACCGGCUGCCAAGGCUGGCUAAAUUCUAUCUGCAUGCUAACCGCUUCUCCUGGUUGUCUGAGGGGAUAUUUGACUGUCUGAUGGGGCUGGAGGUGAUGACUCUGGGCGAUAACCCCUGGGCUUGUGAAGAAGAAGAAAACAUAACAAAGCUCCUGACAUGGGCUGAGCAGACCCGUGCAACCAUCUUAGGCUGCCCCUGCCAUACGAGACCUAUAUGUGGGCAAACCCAUCGGGCAACACCUGGGCGGGAGUGGCACUCUGCGCUGUUCACAGAGCCACCUCUGUGGGUAAACAGCAGAGGUGAAGAGCAUGACGGUCCAUCACCUGCAAGGACUGCAGAGAUCACGUCUAGUUACCAGGUGAAAUCGGCACUUUUUGAGACAGGAAUAUAUCAGGACAAAAGAGGGUUGAAUGAAUCUGUGGACCUCCUGCGCUUUGUCUGGACGUCUCCUACAAGUUUCGACAGUCUCUCAACACACACAAGCACAACAGCAAGCCCACAGUCUUCAAGCAGGAAGCCCAAAGUCGCUAACUCAAGGAACAAGUGUCACGGACUCCUCAUCGGGACUCAAACUGUACCCCUGACCGUUUUAGUCAUGACUACAGCAUUCAACACCUUGUGAGCCACCUUGACUGGAUACAAGUUACACUACCUAACAGAUUGUUUUGGACUGUGAAUGUAUGACCCAGUAAAUCCACUUAGCUCCCCCAUUUACAUUUCUCCUGUAAAAACUGUUGCGACUGUUACUGACAUCUCUCCCUAUCAUCAAAUGUAUCAUGUUUUCAAAUAGCUCAACGUGUACAACAUGACAAUGUCUCUCAAAGGCAUACACACAUGAACUGUAUAAACCUAUAUGAUAAAACUACUCUAAAUAUCAGAAUACAUGGUUCAACUAGAGAGCUGCUGUCAGUUCUCAACUCUCAGUAUAUUGCCUACACAGCGAUAGACUGCUGCGCUCUGUGCUUUCUUCAGAAUAGUGAUGCUUGUGCUAUUUGGUCUUGCUGAGCCAUUCAAAACAGGAUGGACAAUACACAUUACAUAACAUUCAAUAGUCUCUGUUGGCAAUCUGUCACUAAGUAGUGAGGAGUCUGAGGAAGUCUACAAAACAAUAUAGGAAACUAGAAUUGCCACCUUGUGGUUGUAUACCUACA